GGAAGGUUGUGACCCCCGUGGAGUGGCAGUCUCUGUCCAGUGUCCCCGCGACGUCGCGCGUUUUCUCCGGCGUGCCCAGGGUGCGCGGCCCGCGCGGUGUCAGAAUCAUGGUGUCAUGGAAGGGGCUUUAUUUUAUACUCUUCCUGUUUGCAGGAAGCUUUUUUGGAAGUAUUUUUAUGCUGGGUCCCAUUAUUCCUUUGAUGUUUAUCAACCUGUCGUGGUAUCGCUGGAUCAGCAGCCGUUUUGUAGCUUCGUGGCUCACGCUUCCUGUGGCAUUGUUGGAGACCAUGUUUGGUGUAAAAGUGGUUUUAACAGGUGAUGCAUUUGUACCUGGAGAAAGGAGUGUCAUCAUCAUGAACCAUCGGACUAGGGUAGACUGGAUGUUCCUGUGGAAUUGUCUAAUGAGAUAUAGCUACCUCAGAUUGGAGAAAAUUUGCCUGAAAUCCAGUCUCAAAAGUGUUCCUGGGUUUGGCUGGGCCAUGCAAGCUGCUGCCUUUAUCUUUAUUCAUAGGAAGUGGAAGGAUGAUAAGAGCCAUUUUGAAGACAUGAUUGAUUAUUUUUGUGACAUCCAUGAACCACUACAACUUCUCAUCUUUCCAGAAGGAACUGACCUCACAGAAAAUAACAAGGCGCGGAGUAAUGAUUUUGCUGAGAAGAAUGGACUUCAAAAAUAUGAAUAUGUCUUACAUCCAAGAACUACUGGCUUUACUUUUGUGGUGGACCGUCUAAGAGAAGGUAAGAACCUCGAUGCUGUCCAUGACAUCACCGUGGCAUAUCCUUACAACAUUCCUCAAACUGAGAAGCACCUCCUCCGUGGAGACUUUCCCAGGGAGAUCCACUUCCAUGUCCACAGGUAUCCAAUUGACACCCUUCCCACAUCCAAGGAGGACCUUCAGCUCUGGUGCCACAAGAGGUGGGAAGAAAAGGAAGAGAGGCUGCGGUCUUUCUACCAAGGAGAAAAAACCUUCCACUUUACUGGGCAGAGCAUGGUUCCACCUUGCAAGUCUGAGCUCAGAGUCCUGGUGGUCAAGCUGCUGUCCAUAGUGUACUGGACCCUGUUCUGCUCUGCAAUGUGCCUGCUCAUAUAUUGGUACAGCCCUGUUUGGUGGUAUUUCAUAAUCAGCAUUGUGUUUUUCGUGCUGCAGGAGAGAAUAUUUGGUGGACUGGAAUUCAUUGAACUUGCAUGUUACCGUUUUUUCCACAAGCACCCACAUUUAAAUUCAAAGAAAAACAAGUAAGAUGGUUGCAUUCACCAUGUGAAACCCUAGGAAAUGUGACAUUAUGGAAAUGUCACAGCCUUUGUAAGCCGAGAUGAGUUUUGCAUGACUAUGUCAAAAUGUUUCUUACUAGCAUCAUUCUUUGUUAAACAUACUUUGCACUUAAUUUUGUGGGGAAAAUAUUGCUACUGUUUCUUUAAAAUCUCUGAAUGUAAUUCCAAUGCUGCAUAUGUAGCAGGGGUGGAUCCCUGUGAAUAACUUGGGUCAGAAUAUUAGAAACAAUCAGCAAGCUGUUGAGACAAGAUGCAAGCUUUUCUGAAAGAGUCAGCUCGCUUCAGACAGGCUGCCAGCCCAAAGGCAGGCCUAGGACAUGAACACAGGCCCCAGCACACGAGGCAGGUAGUAGCCCCCCUUCCCCGCCCGAGGCAGUGAGGCACUGACCAUCCUUUUAUCCUGUUACAUCAGUCAAAACCCAAACCAUCACCAUGUCACAGGGAGCCAGCCCUUCGUCUCUCAAAGUCUCAUAGUUGAAGAGCCUUCAGGAGACCCCCUUUCCUCACCUGGCAAUCACACCCACACUCUGUCAGAGAGCACUCAGGCUCUCCAUUUGGGUUUUAAAGGCAGAAACUGAUUCCACCUGCUCUUCACCACACUCAGUCUCCAUCUCCUGCUUCAUCUUUAGUGUGAACUGAUACAUGGAAGAUGUGUUAGAAGAACAUUCUGGCAUUUCAGACAGAAACUGUCUUAUGAAAUAUUUCUUUAGAACUUAUACACACUGGAAGGUAUGUGCCUGUGCUUGCAGGGUGUCUACCUUUUGCCAUUAAGAGCUAUAACAAAAAUUCCCACAGACAGGAUGGUAUAUCCAAAGCCCCCAAGCCUUGAUCAACUUUACUCUUAAAACCAAAAAUGCUAACCCAGAAUGAGCCCCUUCAAUGACAGCAAGGACUCCUCUCUGAUUCUCAACUAUAACAUUUAAACCCAUAUUGACCAACUCUUUGCCAAAUGGUCCUAUCAUCUGGAAGCCAUGAAACCCCAGCAGACAAACAGCAAUGGUGUCCUGGGUAAGAAGCAUGUGGCCAUUGUUUCCACUGACUGCAUGGUCCUGUCUUUGCCAUGUGAUUGGGGCAGAGAUGGGGACAGAGGCACAUAAAAUUGUGUAGCUGUUAGUAAACCUGUCACCCUUCCCCACCGCCUGCUUGGCAGUUUCAGCAGCUAUCACUUCCCCUGUACCUUUCUGCUCAGCUUACCAGCACAUUUUCUGAGAAAGCCCUGGUGGGAACAGAACACCCUUAGUGUAUCUUGUUUAGUUUGGUUUUUUGGACUUUGUAUAUUAAAAUGUGGGAGUGUUAAGUGGUGCCUAUAGUGAAUGAAACGCACCAGCCCGUAUUUAAUGCUCUGUCAAAGCUCAUUUUAAUCCUGCCAGGAGCUUACUAAUUAGUUACUGUGCACAUCUGUUCUUAGCACAGCUGUUUGACUUUACAGUUUUUAAGGUUAAAAACACACAGAAAAAGAAUAACUUUUUUUUCUUUCCCUUAUUGAGAAAGACUUCUAAUUUCAAGUUUUUUUCUACAACUUCCAUGGAUCACAUUUAAACAUGGAAAUAACUAGCAAUCCAAAUUACGUUUGUUCUCUGAGUAAAAUAGAAAAGCUGUUAUGUCCACAGUACCUAGAAGCAGCCAGCAGCGAUGUUCAUCUCAUCGUGUACCCUCAAACUCUUUACCUCGUGUUCCCCCUUAAACAGAAAGAUCUCCCUCCCUUUGAUCAUAGAAAAUAUACCUUAAUCUUAUUUUAUCUACCCCAAAUUCAUAAUUCUAACUAUAACACUAAAACUAGAGAAAUUGCUUAAAUUUCUCCAAAAGGAAAAAGAAAAU